AUGACAUGUGCAUGCAUGCGUAUUACGCAUGAGGGCACGUGCAUGGAUGUGUAUCAUGCCUAUAUUAUUGAGGAACGGCGCAAAGAAGAGGAUCUGCUAUAUCGUGAAGCGGCAGAGCUUAAAGACGUCAUCACACACCUCACAGCCCAAGUCACUCACCUGUCCACUUACGCACGCGACGCAGACACGGCUCAGACGAGCAAUUGCAAAGGCGCCCGAGAUUUGGAGGUGCAGUUGACUGGCGUGUGUGACACCCUCAGCAACAGCACACGAGACUUCUCCGCCAAUCAAAAGCACUCGUUGGAUGCAUUUAAGACAUUCCUAUUGGACCAUAUCGAGACUGAGGCGCAACAAUACGAUGCCAUGGCCAAUGGGCUACAGACGACUGAGCACUCACUGACAGCGCAGGUGCAGCUCAUGAGCACACACCUCACAGACACCCUCACAGCCAUUGCACACGCAAGCGACCCCACCCAGCACCACAACGCCCUCGAACGUGUCACGGCCCUUUCCAAAUCAGUCGCCCAAGACAUCGAGUCACUACUCAAGGGCAUCCACGACAUGCUCAAUGACAGAGGGAACCAGGCAGAGAAGUUACGAGAGACCAUCGAACACCAGGCCACACAACUGGGCAAUGCGGUGGUGCACUUUGGCGCAGCACAGGUCGACCAGUUUGUGGCCCUAAACCAGGAUUUGGAUCGCAUGCUUGCGGCUGAGCGGCAGAAGGUGACGGACCACAUCGCACGCCACACCACAGAAUCUGCCAAUGACAACGCAACACAACACGCACACUACCAACAACUGCAAACAACUCUCAUAGCAGCAGUCACCCAGGGCAUGGACACAUGCAGAACCCUCACGCAGACCGCCGCUGAGCAGUCGCAGCGUCGAACUCGCGAACGAUUAUACGCAGUGGUACGCGGCAUCGACCAAUGUACCACAGCCUACGGCAACAUGAUUGCGGAUGCGAAAGAAGAUGCGCUGAUGCAAACGGACAGCCUACGCGAGGGCUGUGAAGAGUUGGGCAAUGCUACCACACCACACCUACAAGCAGAAGCACACACCACCAUAACCGCACAGACCAAGCUCACAGAGAUACAAAGUGUGUCAUCGAAUAGUGACGCGACUAUCACUUCUGAAUUGGAGGCACUCGCUCACGAGAUCACUAAAGGCAAAGCGGCUGUCAAUGACACAGUAUCGACUGGUCUUCGGGCGUUAUCGGAACAUACCGAAUCCCUAUCAAAAGAAGUGGGCCAACAGAUUGUCGGUGUCAAGGAUGAGCUGGCGACAGCCAAAGAUGCGCUGUCCACUCACCGACAGCACUAUGACACGCACGUGGAGGCCCUCACUGACACCGUCACCACUCACAUCCGGAGUGUGCUGGAUGCCACAGAAGAGUCUGUUUCAGCAGUGCGACACACCACAGCCGCCCUGCGCACAAACACAGCCCCCCCUCACGUGGACGUACACGUGUACGACGAUCUCUUGGCACGCCCACUCACGCGACCCAAAACACUGGAUAAGCUCAUGUUGGAGUUCUAUAGUCAACGGCCGAUGUCACCCGAACCAACGGCCGAGUGCGACGACACACACAACACCGCCGCAGAAGAAGAGACACACGCGCUGCACAACACCAUGCAGCGACUGUCCAUGAGCACCACGUACGCCACCUCUGGCCGUGAGAAUAGGAGCCCUGACUUCCGCGACACUAAGCGCAAUCUGGCCGACACAUCGAUCACCCCCGUGCGAGAGGCCAUUUCAAAGCGCAUCGAAUUUGGCGCUGGAGACGACUAACAGCUGACAGCUCUCUGUUUUAACCUAUUCUAACACAACAGCUCUAUAUUUUAACUUACGGUAACAGAGUUAAACUCUGGUUUAAAUGGUUGGACUCAUCCACAGUAGACUAACAGUAUACGGCAACUCACUGGUUUGACUAGAAAAAAAAUACAUAAAUAAACUAAUUUAGAC